AUGACGCAGCUCUGUCGGAAAAUCGUCCGGCGGAGGAUAGUAGAGAGGGUCGCCGUUUUCCGGCGAAUCUUAAGGUUAAUUUGGGAGAAAAUCCGGAUGUGCUCCACAGGGAUGCCUCAUAAUAGGUACACAAAAUUGUUCCCAGAAAAAAUCCCCUUUUCACCUCCGCCGUCGUCGGAAGAAAGCGAAAAAUGGGACCUCAAUACCACCACCGGCAGCUAUGGUUAUGAGGCCGACUCCGAUUUAGUCUCCUUGAAGGUCACUAUACUGGGCGAUUGCCACACCGGAAAAACCACCUUCAUGAUGAAAUAUGGGGGAGAUGAAAAUGAAAAGAGGAGCUUGCAAAUGAAAGGGCUAAAUGUAAUGGACAAAAUUAUGGGUGUUGAAGGUGCAACAAUUGCUUUCACAAUAUGGGAUGUUGGAGGUAAUUUCAUAAUUGGAUGGUACAGUGAAGCAAGAAAGUGGAAUCAGACAGCAAUUCCUGUACUAAUAGGGACCAAAUUUGACGAUUUCGUUCGACUCCCACCGGAUAUCCAAUGGACCGUUAUCACUCAGGCACGAGCAUAUGCAAAGGCCAUGAAGGCAACCUUAUUCUUUUCCAGUGCAACACAUAACAUAAAUGUAAACAAGAUCUUUAAGUACAUCAUUGCCAAGCUCUUUAACUUGCCUUGGACAGUACACAGAAAUCUUACUAUAGGAGAACCCAUUAUUGACUUCUAA